AUGGCUCAAUCAACUGAGGCUGCGACGGAAGCUGUGGAGGCGGUGAAAUUUGGUUUCAUGACAGACGAAGAGGUCAGGAGCCACAGUGUUGUGAAGAUAAUAAACCCCAAUUUGCUUGACACUCUGGAGAAGCCAAUCCCUGGCGGGCUUUAUGAUCCAGCAUUGGGUCCCCUGGAUGAAAACUUUGCAUGUAAAACAUGUGGGCAGCGGUCAUAUCACUGUCCUGGUCAUUGUGGACAUGUCGAACUCGUUUCACCAGUCUACAAUCCGUUGUUAUUUAAUAUGCUGCAUAAUCUCUUAAAGAAAGCCUGUUUCCAUUGUUUUCAUUUUCGAUCGAGUAGAGGAGAGGUCGAGAAUUGUGUUACUCAAUUAGAACAGAUAUCAGAGGGUGACAUUAUUGGGGCUAAACGGUUGAAUUUACAUCAGAAGAUGAAAGAGAAGAAGAAGUUGGAUGGGGUCUUAUCGAAUUAUCUAGAUGAUCCUGAGGAUAGUGAAGGGAGUCAUAUAUCAGAUACUGAACUACACCCUGAUCAACAAAACCACUCUGAGCAUAAUAAGCAAGGAUACUGGGAUUCUUGUCAGUUUACCGAAGCUAUGUAUGUUCUGAAUGAAUUUCUCAAGAAGAAAGAUAAGAAGUGCAAGAAUUGUGAUUGCGAAAAUCCAAAGAUUAACAAACCAAUUUUUGGAUGGUUUCAUAUGAGUGGACUAUCUGGAAAUCAGACUCGGUCAAAUGCUGCUCGACGCGGCAGGUUGGGUGUGUCAAGGACUGGAGGAGUUGAGGAUAACCCUUCCUUGGAGGUGGUAAAUGCUAGUGAUUGUUCAUGGAAGGAUGAUUCUGAGACUGCUGAAGCCAAUUCAUCUGUUGCCUCUGAUAGCACUGAACUGUCCAAGAAAAAAUCCAUGCAUCAAGCAAGAAACUUCAGUCAGGAAUUAGAAAAACGUUCUUUUUUAGGACCUCUCUUACCAUCAGAGGUUAGAGAUAUUGUGAAGCGCUUGUGGGAGAAUGAAUCUCCUAUCUGCUCAUAUAUUUGUGAUAUUCAGCAGCAGCAACAACAUGAUGAAUCUGGCAAAGUAACUGGCCACUCUAUGUUUUUCCUAGAGAGUGUUCUUGUACCCCCAAUCAAAUUCCGACCUCCAGCCAAAGGUGGCGAUUCUGUAAUGGAGCAUCCUCAUACUCUUUUAUUGGGGAAAGUGCUGCAAUCCAAUAUAGCUUUAGGAAAUGCUCAUGUUAAUAGUGCUGAGCGCACAAAGAUCAUUAAUCGCUGGAUGGAUCUUCAACAAUCUAUAAACGUAUUAUAUGAUAGCAAAACUGCCACUGGUCCGGGUAAAAAAGAUAUCACUUCUGGAAUUUGUCAGUUGCUGGAAAAGAAAGAGGGUAUUUUCCGUCAGAAAAUGAUGGGAAAAAGGGUUAAUUUUGCUUGCCGAUCAGUUAUAUCUCCAGAUCCUUAUUUGGCAGUCAAUGAGAUUGGAGUUCCUCCAUACUUUGCAUUGAGGUUAACCUAUCCUGAGAGAGUAACUCCUUGGAACAGCGUUAAAUUGAGGAAUGCCAUCAUUAAUGGGCCAGAUACCCAUCCUGGAGCUACAACUUAUGUUGAUAAAGUUUCUACUGUGAAAUUGCCAUCCAACAAAAAGCUGCGAACAGCAAUAUCUAGAAAAUUACCUUCCUCAAGAGGGGUAGUUACACAAUCAGGGAAGAAGAAUGAGUAUGAAUUUGAGGGCAAGAUCGUGUAUCGCCACUUGCAGGAUGGGGAUAUUGUGCUCGUUAAUCGGCAGCCUACACUUCACAAGCCAAGUAUAAUGGCACAUGUUGUUCGAGUAUUGAAGGGAGAGAAAACACUUCGCAUGCAUUAUGCAAAUUGCAGCUCCUAUAAUGCUGAUUUCGAUGGUGAUGAAAUUAAUGUCCAUUUCCCUCAAGAUGAAAUUUCUCGGGCUGAAGCUUACAACAUUGUAAAUGCUAAUGAACAGUACAUUGUUCCAACAAGGGGUGAUACUGUCAGAGGCUUGAUUCAGGAUCAUAUUGUAAGCGCUGUGCUUCUUACAAUGAAGGACACAUUUCUAACUCGUGACGAGUUCAACCAGCUUCUUUAUGGGUCUGGUGUGUUUUCAAUGAUGCCUGGUUCACAUCUAGGCGAUAAUUCCCAGAAGGUUUCUUUAGUAGAUUCUGAAGGCAUGGUGAUGCUGUCUGUCUUGCCUGCAGUGUGGAGACCAGGACCUCUUUGGACAGGGAAACAGGUCAUCACAGCGCUAUUGAACCAAAUAACACAAGGUUGUGCACCCUGUACUGUUAAAAAUCAGGGGAAACUUCCAAAGGAUUAUUUUACUGAUAGUACCUACAAAAAUGAAGAGGAAGAAGACAGAGAUCAGAAUGCUGAACAUAAGUUGUUAAUUUGGAAAAAUGAACUCGUGCGUGGUGUGAUUGACAAGGCUCAGUUUGGAAAAUUUGGUUUGGUACACACAGUACAGGAGCUCUAUGGGUCCAACUGUGCAGGCAUUUUUCUUUCUGCUUUAAGUCGUCUAUUCACAAUCUUUUUGCAGAUUCACGGGUUUACAUGUGGGGUAGAUGACCUCAUAAUAUUACCAAACUAUGAUAUGGAAAGGAAGGAAAAACUUGAAGGUGAUGACGUUGGUGAAGAGGUUCACUGUGACUUCGUUAAUUUCAAACGUGGCCAAAUAGGCCCUGAAGAACUGCAAUUGGAAAUUGAGAAAGUCAUAUGCAGUAACAGAGAAUCUGCCACAGCAUCCUUGGAUAUGAAGAUGAAAAAUAAGCUGACCAAUAAAGGUUCUCAAAUAAGCAAAAAAUUGCUUACAAAAGGAUUGUUAAAGCCUUUUCCAAAGAACUGCAUUUCUGUUAUGACAACAACUGGAGCCAAGGGUAGUACGGUCAAUUUCCAACAAAUAUCUUCCUAUCUGGGCCAACAAGAGUUGGAAGGUAAAAGAGUACCCCGAAUGGUUUCAGGGAAAACCUUGCCCUCCUUUUCGCCAUGGGAUUUCACUUCUAGAGCUGGUGGCUUUAUCACUGAUCGCUUUCUCUCUGGUCUUCGACCUCAAGAGUAUUACUUCCAUUGCAUGGCUGGUCGUGAAGGGUUGGUCGAUACUGCAGUAAAAACAUCUCGUAGUGGAUAUCUCCAACGGUGCCUCAUAAAAAAUCUUGAGAGUCUAAAAGUUAGUUAUGAUUAUACCGUUCGUGAUGCAGAUGGUUCAAUAAUUCAGUUUUAUUAUGGAGAAGACGGUGUUGAUGUGCACCGCACAAGCUUUCUCAAAAAUUUCAAGGCUCUAGCAGAUAAUCAAGAAACUAUUUGCCGAAAAUUUCAAAACAAGCGUGAGUACAAUACUUAUAUUGAAAAGUUGCCAGAUGGGCUUGAAAAGGAAGCAAGACACUUUAUUCGCGAGGCAAUAAAAGAGACAUCAGAAGUACAAAAAACGACCCAAAAGGAGCACCUAUCUAAAGGACGCAAGGCAAAAAAGAAGGAAAACCAAUUAGAACAGAAGGCAACAGAAAAGGAGCAAAAGGAGUUUUUAGAAUUGGUUGAACAAAAAUAUCUAUCAAGUCUAGCACAAGCAGGAGAACCAGUUGGUGUCAUUGCUGCUCAAUCCAUUGGUGAACCGUCAACACAGAUGACACUCAACACUUUCCAUCUUGCUGGCCGUGGGGAAAUGAAUGUUACCCUUGGUAUUCCUCGUCUGCAGGAGAUUUUGAUGACUGCAUCAGACACUAUCAAGACUCCAAUUUUGACAUGCCCAUUCAUGCAAUAUAGAUCUAAGCCUGAUGUUAUGUCUCUCGUCGCAAAUGUGAAGAAAGUAUGUAUAGCGGAUUUGGCUGAGAGCAUGGAAGUAGAACUCUCAAUUAAUGACCAGUCUAGAAUCUACAAGCUGAAAAUGGAACUGAAAGCAACCGAAUUUGUGUCACUAGAAGACCUACACGCAACUCUUAGAUCCACGUUCUUAAGGGAAUUGGAGGAUGCAAUAGAAAAUCAUGUGAUGUUUCUAUCCAGAAUUAGUGGCAUUAAAAAUUUCACUUUGAGUUCACCCUCAGAGACGUUAAUCGAAGCUGACGAUAAUUCUACAGUUACAUCACCAGAAGAGGAUAUUGAUGAUGAUAUGGAUGCUGAUGGCGAUGAAAGGGGAGAGGAUCUAGGUUCAGAUGUGCAAAAGAGAAAACAACAAUCUAUGGAUGAGAUGGAUUAUGAUGAUGGCUCUGACGAUGAACCUGAUGAAGGUGAGUUAUCUUCCGAACUUGGAAAAGUACAAACCGAUCAAAAUCAUCUCGAGGAGGUUGAGAAUAGGAAGGAUGUGGAAAAUGACUCAGAUGACGAUGAUGAAGCUUAUAAUAUGCAAAACGAUCUUGAAAUGAAGUCAAAGUCUAAAUCAAGUCGGACGGCAGUCAAAUCCAUGGCCAAAAAUAAAACUUCAGAAGAAUUUUUGGACAAGAAACCGCGUAGGGCAAUCUACAUUUCAGUUAAUGGAUUACAUUUUGAAGUCCACUUUAAAAUUGAACCUCAUUUGUUGCUUGCUCAGAUUGCUCAGAAGACUGCAAAGAAAGUAUAUAUCAAGAGCUCCGGCAAGAUCAGUCAUUGUAAAAUGGUAAAAUAUGAUGCAGAUGAAAAAACAGUUAUUUGGGAUGAUGAUAAAAAACCAAAGUCUACUGCCAAAGAUUUGCAGACGGGCAAUGAAGACCUUGCUUACUGGGCAAUGAAGGCAUCAGGAGUAGAUUUCAAGUCUUUCUGGGAGAUGCAAGACGACCUCAAUUUGAGUCGUUUAUAUUCCAACAAUAUUGAUGCUAUGUUGAAGAUGUAUGGGGUAGAAGCUGCUCGAGCAACUAUCAUUAGAGAGGUGAAGCAAGUUUUUGAUAUUUAUGGAGUGAAGAUUGACUAUCGGCAUUUGAGUUUAAUUGCGGAUUACAUGACGCAUACGGGAGGUUACAGACCAAUGACCAGACAUGGAAGCAUUGCUGAGUCAUUGUCACCGUUUAUUAAGAUGUCGUUCGAAACAGCCUCAAAGUUCAUUGUAGAAGCAGCUUCUCAUGGGAUGACCGACAACUUGGAGACACCGUCUUCUAGGAUUUGCCUUGGCUUGCCUGUAAAGAUGGGUACCGGCUGUUUUGACUUGAUGCAGAAAUUGGAAGUCUGA